UUCAGAAAGUUUCAAAGUGGAUAGACCAAGGAAGAACCGAUCCCCAUAACCACUACCACAUAUACAAGAAAACAAAACACAAGACUAUCAAUCAAUCUCCACUCUUCGUCAAUGGCUUCUCUGAAGCUUUCACCUUCUUCGCCAAUCUCUAUCCCUAAGAGCAGUGGAUAUGUUGGUAGGAGAGGAGUUUCAUUUCUUGUUCGGGCUGAGCAGUCUCCGUCUUCCUCUUCUGAUCUUCAGGAUAAAUGUCAGAGGAGACGUGUGGUGGUAACUUUAGGUGUUGUUGCUCCUUGGAUCUCUUUGCUUAGUAAAGCUCCAUCAUCAUUUGCUGCAGAAAGCAAGAAAGGAUUCAUGAGUGUCUCUGACAAUAAGGAUGCAUAUGCCUUUGUAUAUCCCUUUGGGUGGCAGGAAGUUGUGAUUGAAGGUCAAGACAAGGUAUACAAAGAUGUGAUUGAGCCGUUAGAAAGCGUUAGUGUCAAUUUGAUCCCUACUAGCAAACAGACUAUCAAAGAUUUCGGCCCACCAAAGGAGAUUGCUGAGACACUGGUAAAGAAAGUUUUGGCACCACCAAAUCAGAAGACAACUCUUAUUGAUGCAUCAGAGCAUGAAGUUGAUGGGAAGACUUAUUAUCAGUUUGAGUUCACUGCUCAGGCUAGGAACUACACCCGCCAUGCUUUGGGCGUAAUUACAGUUUUUAAUGGAAAAUUCUACACAUUGACAACUGGGGCUAAUGAGAGGAGGUGGGAGAAGAUGAAAGAUAGGCUUCACACUGUGAUAGAUUCUUUCAAGAUCACUGUUUGAAAAAAAUAUCAAGUUUGGUAUGGUCACUUUAUGUUUUGAAAAAGCCUGAGUUGUAUUUUUUGUUCAUUCUUCCUCUCUCUCUUUCCCUUAACAUUAUUCUUCUCCAUUAAGAGAGAUUCAAUACUCUGACUUCUUCA